AUGAGAGGGCAUGAGCCACGAUCAAGCUCUUCUUGUGCAGCCUGCAAGCUCUUGAAGAGACGAUGCACACCCACUUGCAUUUUCGCUCCUUACUUCCGUUCAAGUGAUCCUCUGACUUUCGCCAAAGUCCACAAAGUUUUUGGCGCCAGCAACGUGAGUAAGCUUCUCGGUGAGGUCCCUGAAGAGCAGAGACAAGAAACCGUUAACUCGCUGGCUUAUGAGGCCGAGGUUCGUCUCAAGGACCCUGUUUACGGUUGCAUUGGAGCCAUAGCUUCUCUGCAGAAGAAGAUGCUCGAGCUUCAACAUGACCUAGCCGUUGCUCGCACUCGACUACUUGCCCGCUCUGGGGUCAACAACAACAACCACGUGUCCCCUUUGGAUGAUUCUCCUGAGCUCGCUGCUUUUCUUGAUCUUGUACCUUAUAGUGACUUGAUGUUGCUUGACGGCUCUAAUCUUGAUGCUUACUUGUAUGAUCUUGGACAACCUCCCUUUGUAUAG